AUGAUUCCAUUAAAAUCAUUAGUAUCAAGAUCUACAAGAUCAUCUAUAAUCAAAAUUCGAAAUAAUGCUAGAAUUUCAGUAGCGUUACGUUAUAAAAGUACAAUUUCAGCAGAACAACCUGUCAUUGAUUCAAAUUUUGUAAAGAGAAAUCCUCAAAAUGAAAAAUUAACAAAUAUUACCAAACAAAUUUCAAAUACAAUUAAAGCAAAUAAUUUAAACGAGAGUAUUGAAAUAUUUACUGAAGGAAUUCAAUUUAUAAGAAAAAUUCAAAAAGAAGAGAAUAUGCGUUUCCAAUCAAUUUGGAAUUCUUUUGGUCCAUUAGCUAUGGAAAUAAUUAAUCAAAUUGAUAAUCCAGAACAAUUAGAAACAUUCCUUAAAAUUUUGAAUACUUAUGGUGUAUGUAACAAAUAUUUCUAUACUAAAUUAGCCAGUCUUUAUGUUCAUCAAGAAAAUUAUGAAAAAGCAUUGGAGGCUUUCGUAUUUAUGAAAGAACAUAUAAAGAAACUUAAUAGUCAUAGAAUGUUAAUAAAAGUGGGGUCUCGCUCCAUUGAAUCAAAAUCAUAUCACAUUUAUAAUUUGGCAUAUUAUUCAUAUAUUUUUAUGUGUAUAAAAAAUGGUGGGUAUUCACGAGAAAAUGCAAUGAAAUUAAUGGGAACUCGUGAAAUAACUACCAAUGUUGUUAGAUCAACCUUAAUUGAAUUUGGUCUUUAUGACCAAUCAAAGUUCAAGCUUUUUGCUGGAUUUGAAUUAAAUGAAAAAGCAAAAAGAUAUGAUGUAAAUUCAAUAAUUCAUGAAAUUAAAAAAGUGGAAAGUAAAGAAGCAUUAGAUUUCUUGUAUUUACAAAUGUUAAAAAUGGGUAAAGCUAAAGAAAUGGUAGUAGAUGAACUUGUACUUAUCAAUUUUAUGGAACAAUAUUUUAAUUAUAAACAAUACGAUAAAGUUGUACAAAUUUUACAACAAAUAUUAUCUAGUGUUGAAAAACCAAGUAUAAAAACAUGGAAUGUAGUAAUCAAAUCAUUAACAAAUCCAACUCAAAUUAAAAAUAAUCGUAAUGAUUUAAGAUCACAAUUUGAAAAAGUUCUUAACACAAUUAAAUCAAUGGAUAUACCAUAUAAUAAUGAUACAUAUAUAGCUAUCGUAUCUGCUUAUGCUAACUUUGGUGAAUUUGAUAAAGUGAAAUAUUAUAUGGAGAAUUUCAAUGUUCCUAAAGAAGCCAAUGAUGGAAUUUUAAAAGGUUUAAUAUUGAAUAAUAAAAUUCAAGAUGCAGAGCAAAAUUUGAAAGAAUUGAUUAAAAAAGAUUUUAUUCCAUCAACACAAACAAUGAAUGAAUUUUUAACUUAUUAUGCUAGAAAUAGAAAUACUCAAGCAAUUAAAGGAAUAAUCUCAUUUAUGAAAGAUAACAAUAUCGCUCAAGAUAUGGCUACUAUUACAACACUUUUAAAUCUAGAAUUUAAAUCAUCAUUUGACAAGGGUAAGGAACUUGAUCUUGCACAAUUUUUUAAACAAUUUCAAAUUACACAAAAUGAAAACUUUAAAUUAAAUGAACAUAUAUGCAAUACAAUACUUCAAGGCUUUAUUAAAAAUAGAUCUUUGGAAGCUGCUAGAGCCUUUUACAAUCAAAUCAAAACCAAUUUUCCUAAAUCAACUUGGUUACAUACUCAACAAAUGGUUGGUGAAAUUUCAAUUGGUUCACCAAUGCAAGGAAUUGAAAUUUUCCAAUAUUAUAUCAAAAAUAUUAAAGAUGAGCCAAUUAUAUGGAAUACAUUGAUUCGAAAUCUAUUACAAGUAAAUGAAGAUGAUUUAGCAAUGGCAUACUUCAAUAAAUUUACAAAUAAAACUCAUGGUGCUAGAGCAAAUCAUUUUACUUAUUAUUUUAUUUUACAACAUUAUAUUAAGAAAAGAGAUUUGGCACAAAUUCAAGCUAUAGUUAAUCAAUUAAGUAAACAUCAAUUGGAUGAAUAUGGAAGAAUUUCAGAAUUAGGUUUAGGUAAAUUGGGAAUAAAUAUACCAGAAAAUUUAUCUAAUUUAGCAAAGUAA